AUGAUUGCUGACAGACUGAAACAAUAUUAUGUCGACAUUUCAGCAAUUCUGGCAAUUGACUCAUGGAAUACAAUCAAGGAAAUCAGUCAAGGAGUCCAGGAAUUAAGAGAGGAUUCUACCGUACAAAAGAUGCAUGAAAAAGCCGAGGAACGUCAGAAAUUCCUUCAAUGGAUGAACCCUGUGUCUUGUACUGAAAAGCAUGCCACUUGCCAUGGUCAGCGAAACCCAGGGACUGGUCGUUGGAUUUUCCACACUGAUGAAUAUAAGACCUGGAAUACAUCGGAUUGCGCAUUUCUAUGGUUGGAUGGUUUGCCCGGACACGGAAAGACAAUUCUUGCUUCCUCCAUUAUCGACGAGAUUCAAGGUAGCAGUGAAGCAGAGCCACAGACGCUCGGUUACUUCUAUUGCAAUUUUCGAGACGACAGGACGACAAGCGCAGCUGCAGUAUUGCGCUCCUUGAUUGUUCAGCUGCUUCAACAAUCUCAAGAUGACUGGAUCACAAAGAUAGGCGAGCAACAAAGUUCGAACACAAAAGGGAACCUUGAUUCUCUGCGAAACCUCUGGCAGCAAAAAUGUGAUGCAAAGACGCAUCCCACAGAUUUGAAGUUUCUGCGAAAGCUCCUGGUUGAAGCGUCUACGCUAGUUCACCGACCGGUCCUUGUGAUUGACGCCUUGGACGAAUGCAAGGACUACCCCGACCUGGCCAGACAUCUUGUAAACCUUUCCGAAGAUGCUCAUCUGCGACUUUUCGUCACUGGUAGAAGCGAGGCAGACAUCCAAGACGCAUUUAAUGAUCUCCCCACCAUGUCGCUGAAGGACAGCGCAGGACAAAUGAAAGAAGAUAUACAUGUGCAUAUUACGGAGCAGCUGAAGAAUCAGAAGCGUUUGUCACGCCUGCCUGACGUGCUGCAGAAGACUACUCUGGAGAAACUGCUAGAAAAGGCUGAUGGCAUGUUUCGCUGGGUUCAGUGUCAACUGGACGUCAUCAUGACGUGCAAAAGACCUGACAGUAUUCGGAAUGCCCUCGACGACCUUCCAGCAGGCCUAUAUGAAACUUAUGAUAGGAUCAUUCGCUCCAUUGAAGAAAGAGGGAAGGACGACGGCCCGAUUGUCCAGCGUUGCUUGCUUUUUCUGGCCGGCGCAUUCACCCCUUUGACGCUUGAACAGCUCAAUGAAGCGAUGAUGAUCGAAAUUGGGCGGCUGAGUCUCAAUGAGGACCUUGGCGUUAUGGACACUAUGGAUAUCGUGUUCGCGUGCGGAAGCCUUGUGACCUACAACGAGAAAACUAGGGUUGUUGCUCUAUCUCAUUAUAGCGUCAAAGAAUACUUGAUCAGUCGCCCUAAUAAAAUCCUCAAAUCAAUCUCAGACAUGCAUGCACGGAUCUGCGAGCUCUUGAUUACGUAUGUGUUAUGCGACUUUAUAGAUGAGAUAUGCGCAAAAGGCAAACAUCCAUUGAUAGAUCGUUCUGAUUUUGAUUUCGCCAAUGGUAGCAAAGACCAUCCGUUGCUUAGCUAUGUAAUUCGAGGAUGGAAGCACCUUAGACAUGUUUCGGACGAAGAUCCUUGCGUUAUGGAUGUCCUGUCACGGCUGAACUCGGAGUUUCUUCGGAACACCAAGAAGCAUCGUGUGCUUGCAGCUGCUGAAUAUUGGCAAAGUUGGCCUGAGGGUCGUAGGCGGUUAUAUGCCGUUGACACGUUACCUUUACCCUCACUUCUAUUCAUCCCGCUUGUGCACGGAAAACCGUGGAUGGUCGAAUCCCUCGUCAAGCAGCACCCCGAUCUCCUGGACGUGGAUAUUGCCCCUGGUUUGGGUUCUCCCUUGAUUUUCGCUAUAGCCAAGCGUCCUGACUGCCUCAGUAUUCUCCUGAAGUCGGGCGUCGAUUUCAACAAGCUUGCUUCCUUCGUACCUUAUUUAUAUGGCCGACACAUUAGUGGCGGCUCCCAUGCUCUAAUUUCGUGGGCAACUGUGAUUGGAAAUGAAGUUGCCAUGGAUUUCUUGCUGUCACAAACGGGGCCCAACAUACCUGAUGACAUCCUGCACAUGGCUGUGAUGGCGAGCAAGCCGUCGCACACAUUUAUCAGCAAAUUUCGUCAACGCGGUGCAGAUGUCAAUUUCAUUAUCAACGGUACUACCCCUAUCCAUUAUGUCCUCUCAUUUUACUCCGAUUGGUCAUCCUGCCAAUUGCUACCCAUCCUGAAAGCGCUGGUUGAACCAUCUUGUAAUCUUUCUUUGCAGGACAGGACUGCCAGAACAGUACUACACAUUGCUCUUGAUGGACGUUGGAGUGGGGCACCCCCUAGUCAAAGGGUCGCAGAGGCAGGGGUUUUCCGGAGGUUCGAGUAG